ACAAAAGCAAUGGAGAAAUCUUAUUAUAUUUCUUAUGUUAUUUCUCCAUUACUUUUGUUUUUCUUUAUGCUCCAAACAGUGGCUGUUCCUACCAAGAAGUCCUACAUUGUCUAUUUGGGAUCACACUCCUUCGGCCCAAAUCCAAGCAUCUACGACGUCCAACUUGCAACCGAGUCUCAAUAUCAUAUAUUAGGAUCCGUCAAGGGAAGCAAAGUAGCAGCCAAAGACUCAAUUCUCUACUCCUACAACCGAUACAUUAAUGGCUUUGCUGCCGUUCUCGAUGAACAAGAAGCCACGGCUCUUGCGAAGAAUCCGAGCGUGGUGUCGGUUUUUGAAAACAAGGAGAGAAAAUUGCAUACGACACGAUCAUGGGGUUUUCUCGGGGUUGAUAGUGAUCGAGGAAUCCCUCGGAACUCCAUUUGGAAGGCGGCUCGGUUUGGGGAAGAUACCAUCAUAGGGAACCUCGACACGGGUGUCUGGCCAGAGUCCCCGAGCUUCAACGAUGCAGGGUAUGGCCCUGUUCCUUCGAGGUGGAGGGGUGCUUGUGAAGGCGGCUCCAAAUUUCGAUGCAAUAGGAAGUUGAUUGGAGCACGCUAUUUCUACCGAGGAUUCCAAGCCUCCGAACGUCCAUGGACGAAGCAAAACAUCAGCUUCGACAGUGCACGAGACCAUGAAGGUCAUGGAUCGCACACUUUGUCCACUGCCGGUGGUAACUUUGUCCAUGGAGUCAAUGUGUUUGGCAAUGGCAAUGGGACGGCGAAAGGAGGUUCCCCCAAGGCUCGUGUUGUUGCCUACAAGGUCUGCUGGCCUUCAAAAAAUGGCGGCUGUUACGAUUCCGAUAUCUUAGCAGGCAUCGAGGCCGCUAUCAGCGACGGUGUGGAUGUUCUUUCGGCCUCUAUUGGCACGCUAGCUCAAGAGUUUGCUAAUGACGCUAUUUCGAUAGGGGCGUUCCAUGCGGUUCAACACGGAAUCGUCGUGGUUUCCUCGGCCGGGAAUGACGGCCCGUCUCCCGGGAGUGUGAGCAAUGUGUCUCCUUGGAUGAUCACUGUUGGAGCUAGUACCAUCGACCGUGACUUUGUCAGUUACGUCGCCCUGGGGAACAAGAAGCAAUUAAGGGGUUCAAGCCUUUCAUCCAGUCGAUUGCCGGCUGGUAAGUUCUACCCUUUGAUGAAGGCUGUGCAAGUGAAAGCUGCCAAUGCCACUGAUGGGUUUGCCCAACUUUGCAUGGAUGGAACACUUGAUCCCACAAAGGCAAAAGGCAAGAUUAUAGUUUGCCUUCGAGGAGAAAAUGCAAGAUUGAGCAAGGGCUUCGAGGUUCUUCGUGUCGGUGGUGUCGGGAUGGUUCUUGUAAAUAACCAGACAGACGGUUCAGCUCUUUUAGCUGAUCCACACAUACUUCCUGCUUCUCAUCUAAGCUAUGCGGAUGGAGUUUCCAUCGCUCAAUAUUUGAGCUCCACCAAAACACCCGUGGCUUCCAUAACCCAUGCAAGCACAGAGAUGGGAAUUAAACCAUCGGCUGUCAUGGCUUCAUUUUCCUCAAGAGGCCCUGAGUUGAUCACACAGGCUAUAAUCAAGCCUGAUAUAACAGCACCGGGGGUGAAUAUAAUCGCGUCUGUGACCAAAGAUGUUACAGCAUCAGAGUUGCCAUUUGAUAAACGUCGAGUGUCUUUUAAUGUCGAGUCCGGCACUUCCAUGUCAUGCCCACAUAUCUCAGGUGUUGCAGGCCUUCUAAAGACUCUGCAUCCCACAUGGAGUCCUGCUGCUAUCAAAUCUGCCAUAAUGACUACAGCCAAAACGAGAGACAACACCAAGAACACAAUGUUGGACUUCACCAAAGUGAAGGCUACCCCAUUUGAUUAUGGUGCAGGACAUGUCCAUCCAAACGAUGCCAUGGACCCCGGCCUCGUUUACGACACAACGAUUGAUGACUAUUUGAAUUUCUUAUGUACACGGGGCUACAGCUCCCUCACACUCAAGAAAUUCUCUAAAAAGCCAUUUGUUUGCGCCAAGAACUUUACAACCACAGACUUCAACUAUCCAUCCAUCUUGGUCCCCAGGUUGCAAAUUGGUGAAUCGGUGACGGUGAAUAGAAGAGUCAAGAAUGUGGGGAGCGCAGGCACGUAUGUGGCGCGGGUGAGGAUGCCCAAGGGCAUUACAGUUAUGGUGGAGCCAAGUAAGUUGCAAUUUCACAGCGUUGGAGAAGAGAAGCCUUUCAAACUUGUAUUUCAUUAUGCACAUAAACUGCGACGUCAGGGCUAUGUUUUUGGGGCAUUGGUAUGGUCAGAUGGGAAACAUUUUGUUAGAAGUUCUAUUGCCGUGAAUUUGGUUUGAUCAAAUUUAUAAUCUUGUAAUCCAAAUUCAUUCUAUUAUCAUAUAUAACCUUUCCAUAUAUUUUGCCCACUAUUAUUUA